GGUGACAAAUUCUGGCUGUUCAAUGAAGCGAUGUUGGAGCCAGGGUACCCUCGUCAUCUGAUGGAACUUGGUGCUGGAAUGCCUCAUGACAGGAUUGAUGCAGCUAUUUGGUGGGAAAUCACUGGUCAGACAUACUUCUUCAGAGGUGACAGAUACUGGCGCUUCAGUGAAGAGAGGAGAGCAGUAGAUAAUGGCUAUCCAAAGCCUAUCAGUGUUUGGAAAGGAGUCCCACCUUCACCAAAGGGGGCCUUCCUUACUGAUGAUGGAGCUUACACGCAUUUUUACAAAGGUACCAAAUACUGGAAGUUUAAUAACCAGUUGCUGAGAACAGAACCUGGUUAUCCAAAAUCCAUUCUUCGUGACUGGAUGGGAUGCCAUCAGGAUGUUGAACCUGGUUUUGAUGAAAAGGAGCCUAAUUUUGAUAUUGAUGAUUUUGAUGAUGCUAAUGAUAUUGAUGAUGAGGAUGAUGAAGAAGAUGAGACAACGGAAGAGAAGGAAAAAGAGAGAGAAGAAGAGGUGGAUAUCCAUAUUAACAUCCCCGUAGAUGACUAUACCAGAACAAUGAAUAUAGUAAUUGUCAUUGUUCCACUAAUUCUGCUGCUCUGCAUUUUGGGAUUGAUCUAUGCCAUACUCCAGCUGCAGAAGAAAGGCACACCAAGACUCCUGCUGUACUGUAAACGGUCAAUGCAGGAAUGGGUUUGACUCUCUCAUUGAUGCUGUUACUAGAUGGCUCGCAGUUGGGUCACAGUCAUUGAGUCCAGGUGACAUUACUUCUCAAUUUUGUUGUUUUAUUUUAUACAGUCCUGCUCAAUGAUGUUAAAUAAGGCAUUAACAUAAGAAACAUAGAGAAUUUGGGGUAUUUUGAGAUGGUGCCAGUAUUAUCGGGUUAAAAGAAUUUGUGAUGUGGUUCCAAGGAAUGCUUUCCAUUGCUCUUUAUCUCCAAACCCUUAAAUUGUGCUGAGUGGGAUGGUACAAAGGUUUGAAGCCUGGCCUGAGAAGGCUUCCAAGAGGAGUUUCACUGGCUAGAAAUGAUGAACUACAAGGCUUGAAAUAACUAAUACCAUAUGUGCACAUUAUUCAUUAGGAUUAAUUCAUAAAUAUUUUUUAUCUAAUCCCAUUGCUUUAGUCCUCUGAAAAAAUCGCCACUCCUUAACUGAAAGAAGAUUUUCUGAAUAUUGGCUAGGAUCAUCAUGAUUUGGUGAUGGGACAACUGCUGAUAACUACAGUGAGUCUUAGAAAAAUCAUACAUUCAUUGGAGCAGGUACAAAAAAAUUGCCUUGUUUCUUCAUACCUUAGACUUAUUGCAGUUACACUAAUUACAUUCAGUGAGCUUCAAUAAUACAGCUGUGUAAUUGGGAGAUAUCUGCUAUUCCAUUGUAUCUUUGUAAGUUACUUACUGUAACUUACUACAAACACUUGGAAAUUGCCAUUUACUCUCCUAUUACUUGGGCCUAGCUGAUUCAAUGGGAUGUCCUGUCAACAUUAUGAUUCUAAUGUGGUCACACUUGUUCUACGUACUGAAGGUCAUUUCAACUCACUUUAGUAGAGGACCAAAGAACUUUAUCAAUUUGUUUUUAAAGCUUUGCACUUGUGCCUUUCCGAUAGGUUUGGUUGUUGCUGCCAUAAAAGCAUCACAAAAAUAGUUUACCAGAAGUCCUGGCUUACCUUCUUAGGCUGAAAGCAGGGUCUCCUUGACAGUAACCUUACUCUGGGCUGGAAUCUAGAGGCUGAUGCCUGCUGAUUGCAGAUUUCUUUCUCCUGGCCGAAAACUAAAACCUGCUGAUUACAGUCAUUCUUAUCAAGCUAGAUCAAGAUAGAGUUCUAACUGGAUAGAGGUAACUGUUAAAAAUUCCCAUUAUGGAUCAUUUAUAUUCUGAAAGCUAUAGAAUAUAUUGUACAUAAAGAGUGAUGAUAUCCUUGUUAGCACUUCGAAUCUAUUAAACAACCUGUCCCUGGAUUGGAGUUAGAAUUGUAAUUGAAUGGAGAUAGUCAAUUAGUGGAGGAAAUUGCAUGAGGAUAAUUUGACAUCAAAUGGCUUUGAUUUAAGAAGAAUGUUGUAUGUCAGCAUGUAAUGGAUGUCUAAAGUAUGGGGUCAUCACUUUUUGCCAAGUACAUAAUUCAACUUUGGAAGAAUUCACAUUUGCAGCCUUUAGUUUAACAAAUGCUAGAAGAUCGUCAAGGUUGCCCUCAAAUACAGCAAAACAUAACUUUCACUUUUAACUUUUUAUGAACUGCAGGAAGUUUUAUGAUGUGUUAUUUCUUCAUUAUUUAUCCAUAAUUCCCUCAAUGAGAGGGAAUUGAUUGCACCACCUGAUGGAGACCCCUAAUGAAAUUAUGGAGAAGCAUGGGGUCAGGUUAGGCGUAUCAUUAACAGAAUCAAACUCUACCUCUUCUUCUCCUCCAAAGACUAUUGAUACAAUUUCUAUCUGCCAGUCCAGUAGAAAGAGUUGGGUGGUCUAAAUGUUCCUCCACUAGUAUUUCAGUAAAUCUGAAAUCUUUUCAGCAGCUGAUGAUUCCCAAAUGUCCAUUAAUCUCUGUAAUUGCACAUCAGUCUAAAUGAGACUCUAUAGAACUUUGUCGCAUUUCUCAUUCUCAGUUAUUAAGACUACCUCUACAUUGCUACACCUCUUCCACCUUCACCUCAUGUUCUUGUUUCCAUCUUGAACUUAUUCAGAACUCUAUGGUUCUCAUCCUGCACGCAAAAAUUCUUCAGUUGCAUCAUUCCAGUCUUUUCUAAACUCUGUUGGUUUACUACACUCCAAGAAUACUGACUUCAAGAUUCUAAUGCUUUACCUGGAAUCCAUAGCUCCCUCCCACAUUUCCUCCAUCCAUUUACCCAAACACAGUUAACUCCAACUUCUUGUUUUCUGUGACUUUAAAUACAUUGGGCACACUUUCAGCUGUGAUGCUCUCUGCCUGUUCUCCUACUACCUCUUGUUUUGCCUUCCAAACCUCUGAAACACAUACUGUUUUAUUGUGCACUUUCUCUUAGAUACAUUUCAUCUUUCCUUUCUACUGUUCACAUUUUCCAAUGUCAAACACUUGUAUUUUUUUCUUUUCAUGAGGAUCAUUAAAAAAUGUAAUUAAUUGUUGUGUUAACUAGACUUCCAGAAGGUUUUGAUAGAGUGAUGUCCAAGAAUCUGGAACAAAUUGAUGAAAGUUAAUGUAAAACCUGGAAAUGGUUAAGAAAGUGAUUGGUGGUUAGGAAGCAGCAUUCACUUGUUGACUUUUAUUGAGUACACCAGUGGGGUGGAUAGUGGACAGAAAAAUUACUGUGCUGUAUAGCCAAUAAGUUCUGUACGGGAAUUCCUUUUGUUUCAAGUAAGCCACAGCACUUUGGCUGUCGAAAUCUAAAAGUUAAUACAUCAAAAAUGAAAAAAACUCCUAAAUCAGGUGGUGCAAUCAAUAUUAGUGAGGUAGUCAAGAAACUAAAGAAUGAGUUAGUUAUAUCUUUAAGUGGUAAUAGGAGUAAUGGUAAAUGUAAAUUAUUGCACAUCAGAAGGGAAAUGAUUGAUAAACCAUGAAUUAUUUUGGCACACAUGAGGGUAAAACCAGAAGAAACUUAUGGUUGUCUCUCAAGUUGACAUUUGAAGUUAAAUAAUAUUAGAGCAGUUGCAAGUUUGAGCUACAUACAGCAUACAUAAGUUUGAAAAAAGAAUUAAUCUAUUAAACGCUAGUGUUUCUUAAAAAGACAUUUGAGUCCCCUCGGUGGUGCAUAGAAGAUUCUUGAAGCAUGUAGCCUAAUGCUGGAGAAAUAUAGUUAUAAGGGAACCCUAUAGAAACAUUAUUUCUUCCACCAUGACAGGAAAUGACUGAACGGUUAGCUUAAGGACAAUAUAGAAUGAUAAAGUUUGGAUCUUUACCAAGUUAGACUUACAAAAGGGAAACAAUACACAGAUGCAAUCUAUCGAAUGGUAAAUUUAGGUCUAAUGUCUGAAAGUUCUUUUGUAGAAUAAUCAAUAUUUGAAAUAGAUUUCUAGGCAAGGCAGCCAAAAAUUUGAAAUCAUUAAGAGACAAUUGAAAGACGUGAUUAGGAUUGCAGAUAUUCCUGUAUGCACUUCUGUAAUGUUUCUGGAAUCCCACAUUUCAAUUCUGAGCCAGCCAGUCACAUGUUGCAUUUUGUCAUAAGAUGUAGGGAGACCAAAGGAAGAUUUAUUAUUUCUUGGAUAAUGACCCGAAGCUGUGGAUUUUUACAGGAUCACAGCUUAUGUUUGAGGGUUGUUCAGACUGUCCACUCAAAACUUUGAUUGUCUGAUCCAAAGCAAAUGGGUGGCAAUUCUGAGCAGGACAUAAUGAGAUCACACUGGGUCUGUAUUUCACACUGCACAUUACUUUAAGUAUUUAUAAAAGGUGGGAACAUCUAACAGCCUUUCUCUUCAUUCUAACCUAAUUGUUACAGGUUGCAGUUUAAAGUUUAAAACUUUCAGGAUCACAGCUUAAAUGCUCAAUUAGAAUCAGAAUUAUUUUUUGAAGGGUAGCUCUUUAAUCAGUCCAUAAUGAUGUUGUGAUUUCAAGGUAUCUUGUGAAAUUGGUGCUACUUUCUAGUAAUGGGAAGGUAUUCAACAGUGACUUCAUCAGGGUAUCACAAUGUGAUCUGGGCAGCUAACAGUGUAUAUUGUACAUAGUACAACCAGGCAGUCACAUAUUAGAUUUGUAUUGCGGGUAUUUACAAAACAAUAAUAACAAAUUAAAUAUGGGAGCAUUACCACUGAACUGUUUUUGUUGUCCGAUACUGGCUUCUGCACUUGUGUAAAUCAGCCACUACAGUGAUGGUAUCCAAACAUUGCUAAGCUGCAAUAAUGACUAUCACUUAACGUUCCUAAAAAUCAUGCAGUUUUGAAACAAAUGUUAUACAUAUGGUUAUACUUUAGCUUCAUGUAUUUAGAGUUUCUGAUGUUCAUUUUUAAAUCGGUUCAUGCUGGGCGUGUGUUAAAAUUAAAUGCCACAAAUGAAACUCUCCGCUUUUGCAAUGACUAGUCAGUUGAUCCUUUCACAUUUUGUGAGAAUGCAAAGUGACACAACGUGUAUCUGCACAUCCAUAACACCUGAAUAAGAAAUCAUUCUUAUCUAUAAUAAAAUGUUUGGACAAUAAAUUGCAAUUGUGGUUCACAGCAAAAUAAGUAUCCAGAAACAGGAUUGUGUCGUUUCUGAUCUGAAAUUUAAAAUCUUACACAUUUCAUAGAACAGCAUGCCAUAAAGCAAGGCAUAAAACAAUUGAUAUUCACGAUUUGCCCAUAAUGAUUUCUGCUCUGUUACAAAUAGAAUACUUUCAUAUACUUUUCAGGCUAAAAUUGGCACAGGAAAUAUAACUACUCAGAAGUAAGAUAAUACAGUGAAUUAAUUGCAAUGCACUACUUGACUUACACAAAAUGUCAAAUUGUUCAAAAAAUUAUAAGUCCUGUAUAGUUUUUCAGAAUCUUUCAGUUUAGUUUUUGAUAAUUUUGUUUGCUUAAAAAUUAAACGUACAGGGCACUAAAGUACAGAGAGGCUCCACUGUGCCAUCUUUAUUUCCAGAUCAGGAAAUCUCAACUUUUGCUACUGAAGUCCAACUCUUAUGUUAUAAGAAAAUAAAUGGACAUCUUGUAACUCAACACAAGUAUUUAUGUGUAUGAAAAUGAGUUAAUAAUUAAGUGUUUAAGUAAGUUUCUUACUCUUGUUUUACUUACUUAAUAUGAACGGAAGAUUGACUGCAAAAUGUCCAGUGGAGCACUGGGAGAGGAUUGCAUUGAAUGAAGUUAGAAACUAAAGAUAAGUGAAAAAUGAACCAAGAUAUCCUGUCAACAAGGUGAAGCCAUCUCUCACCCAGUCAUUAAGUGCACUUAUUACACAGAUGAUUUUAAAAAUGAUUUUGUAUUAAAUGCAAUUUUAUAUAUUUACUACCAUCUAG